AUGCAAUAGUUUCCAACCUAAGGUGAAUUUUAAGAAGACUUUGAUUUUAAAAAUUCAUCAUUGUUAGGUCAAGGAACUUUUGGAAAGGUGUACAGAGCAAAAGCUUUGAAAUCUCUUCCUCCUGGAAAUUACGCUUUAAAAAUAAUUGAAACAACUAGUGAAUAGGCAUAUGAACUUGCAAUUCAAGAAUUGAACUUAUAUCAAGUGAUCACUUAUCAUUAAAAUGUUAUAAAAGUUUACAAGGUUUACUCAUGGAUAGAGGAAAAGAAAUAUGUUUUAGUAUUUGCUAUGGAAUUAGCGCAUAACAGCUUAAAAGCAGAUAUAGAAGAAAGAAGGAAGGCAUCGUAAGAAUUUGGGGAUAUAAUGCUAAUAGACAUUAUGAAUUAAUGUUUGAAAGCAUUUUAUUAUCUAGCAAAAAACAAACAUUUGUUUCACAGAGAUAUUAAACCAGAAAAUAUAUUAGUAUCUUGUAGAUAACCUUACACAGUUAAAUUGGCUGAUUUUGGAGCGGGUAAAGAGAAUUUUAAUGGUUAAACAAUGCUUAAUACUUUAGUAGGAACCCCAUUAUUUCUCUCUCCAAAAUUAUAUGUUGCCUACUCAACUAACCAGGCAGGGAAAGUAAAACAUGAUUUAGAGAAGAGUGAUGUAUUUUCAUUAGGAAUUACAUUUCUUUAAAUGAUUUUACUUCUAAGUGAUAAAGAUCUAUAAAAAUUGAAUGAUCCAAUUAUAUACGAAGAGAAAACUGGGAAUGCUAUAGAUACAAGUGAUGAUGCGUUGAAGAAAAAAGACUGUUAAGGUUGGAAAAAAUUACAGUUUCAUAUCAGCAACAUAAGAAAUCCUUUAAUAAAGGCUUGUAUCUAGGGUAUGACAGAGUUCAGUGAAAGAAACAGAUUUACGUGGCUUAAAGCAAUAAAAGCACUGAAUCCAGAAUAUGAGGAUGAUGAAAAAGAUUAAUCUGUUUAUCCAGCCUAAAUUCGAGAUGAAUAAACUAAAGCCAUACAAUUUUACUCUAAUUAAUGCAUAACUUUAAGGUAUUUAGGAUCUGUUAAUGAUUUAUCCAACCACAAAAAGAUCAUUUCUGCAGAUAGUUAAAUAUUGGCUUAUUCUAAUGAAGGAGUAAGAUUAAUAUCCUUACAGGGAGUAUCAGAAUGCAUAUUUACUUAAAACGUCUCAUUUUUAUCAUAUAUACCAACAUUAAGUAUUUGUGUUGGGAUCACAUAAUCUGGUGAGAUAUUUGGAGUAAAUGUGAAGAAUAAAACAUUCUAUUGUGAAAAAAUUAAAAAUUUUUAACACGAUAAGAUCACUGUGAUGAAAUAUAUGAGAAAAGAUCUAUGUAUUUUGGGAUCUUAAAGUGGAGAAAUUAUGAUUUUAGCAUUUGAUACUUAGCCACCUUGCGUGAUAAAAAAGUACAAAGAUGUGGAUAGAUCUGUGGUGGAUAUGAUAUAUGACGAUGAAAAUAAAUAGAUUAUUUCAUCUCAUGAGAACUUUAUGAUCUAUGGAAAAUAAUUAGUUUAUGAAUAAUCUGCUAAAUAUCAAUAUGAUUCUUAGAUAGAUAAUUUAUAACUAAUUUCAUCAGAACGUUUUGCUGGAUUAUGUAAGAACCUCUCUCAAAUACCUAUAUUUCACAUUAAGGAUGGCAAUAUGAAUAUACUGCAUAAAUACUAAAUCAAUGGAAAUAACAUACCGUUGGCAUUAACUUUAUCUGAUAAUUAUCUUGUUUGGGUUUGUGAAAAAUAUAUUGGAUCAAUUUAAAUAAGUGCUAAAUUGGGUUAAUAGAAAGAAGAUAACAAUGAUUAACUCAUGGUUAAUGCUUCCAAGCCUGCAAAACUGAUGUGCUUUUUAUAAAUUGAUAAGACUAUCAUAGCAAGUGAUGGAUUAAAACUUCAUAAAUACUAAGUCGGAAAGAAAUAACAAGAUAAGACUGUCUGCCAAGGCUGCUAAACUUUUUGA